AUGGAAGUGGAGAUUGCGUUCGAGAUGGGUCCUGAGAGAAUCUUACCGAACUCUGAGGAGGAGCUAGGCCAGGAGCGGCCGUCGGACGCUGGGGUCCCUGAGGUGGGCGGGGAGUGGAGUGGAGAGGAGGAGGAUGAUAAUGGAGGUUACUAUUACCAGCCACUAAACCAGGACCCUGAUGGACUAAAUGCUGCACCAGGGGACCAUCCUGAGGAUAUGCCCCCAGUUGCAGAGCAACUGCAAGAAGUCCAGGAGAGAAUAGAGUUGAUGGGCUUGCAUCUUCCCCAGCCCCCUCCCCCAGAUAGUGAUGAAGACUCAGGAGCACACAGCAGCGCAGCCUCCAUCCCCAUGGAUGAAGACCACGUGGAGCUGGUGAAGAGGACCAUGGCAGCAGUGGCCCUGCCCUCUCUGGCCAUCCCGGCCUGGGCUCAGGAGAUCUCGGACGACCAGUGGAAGGACAUGGUCCAGCAGACGCUCCAGACUCGCCAAAGCUCAGAAGGCCUGAGGCUAGAGCACAAAUAAGACUGAAUUGCCUCCUUCCCUCAGUCUCUUUAACUCUGUCCUGCAUUUCACCAACACAUUUACCCCAGGGGAGUCUGCACUGAGGUCCUCUCUGAGCAGGUGUUAGGUGUCUCAAUUCUCAAGAGAUUGAACUCCUCUACGUCCAAUUCUCAUUAAUGAUAUUUCUGAUGAAUAUUUGUUUUUCAAAGGAGGCUCUUGGUACCUACUACACCUAACUUGCUGCUUAAGGUCAUUUGUAGGGUUUGUGAAGGAGUUCGAAUGAGUAUAGUAUAUUUUGUCUCUCAGAUCAGGCAAACUCUUACCGUUUCUGCUCAGGAGGAACUUGAAUCAGUGUACUGGAGUACGUAUGAGGCUCAAUGACAGUUUGGCCGUGAGUACAGAAGCACUAUUAUACCCCCCAUAUGCUUCCUGAGACAUUCCAACCACCCUUUCCAACAUCCGAUCACCUUUGUUUGUUUUUAAUGUGAUACUUUCUAUUGGUUGUGAUUACCAUAUUAUAAUACUAUUAAAUCAGUUUUUGUUGAAUGUAAUAUAUAAGCUGUCCGGUUUAUUAGGUACACCACCCAUUCACGAAAAUUGAUAGUUUCUACAGACAGUGAGUCAUGUGGCUUGCUAUAUAAAGCAGGCCUUCAGUUACUGUUCGAUUAAAUGUUAGAAUGGGCAAAACGAGUGACCUAAGCGACUUAGAGCGUGGUAUGAUCGUCAGUUCCAGUAUCUCAAACUGCAGCCUUCAUGGGCUUUUCACGCAUAAGUGUUUAGGGCUUCCUGAGAAUGGAGCGACAAACAAAAACAUCCAGUCAGCGAAAACAUCUCGGAACACACAAGGAUCAACGAGUUGUCACUGAUGGGCUAUUGCAGCAGACGACCGCACCGGGUUCCACUCAUAUCAGCUAAAAACAAGAGGUGGCUCCAGUUGGCAUGUGAUCACCAUUACUGGACAAUUGGUGAUUGGUAGAAUAUUGCCUGCUCUGACAAAACCUGGUUCCCCAUGCUAAUAGCAGUCAGGAUUUGGCGUAAGCAUGAGACCAUGGACCUAUCCUGCCUGGUGUCAAUGGUAAAGGCCGGUGGUGUGCCGCCGUCCAAUCUGUAGCAAUGGCAUGUUGGCAUGUUGCUAUAGUGUUAGCAUGGACCAACAUCCCUGUGGUACUUUUCCAACUCAGAAUCCACCCCCAGAAUAAUUUAGGCUGUUCUGGAGAGAAACGGGACUCCGACCGGUACUAGAUGGGUGUACCUAAUAAACUGGCCAGUGAGUAUAUGGGCAUAAAUUAACAAUGGAAAUUUCAGUCUUUCUUGUACCAUGAAUUCUGCAUAGGGUCAUUAGCUAGUUCAAUCAAUGAUGGAUAUUGUUUGUGAGGAUAACAGAUUCCCAAACUCAAUGGAUGUCCACUAUUUUUUUACUUUAUUUUGUUCUGUACAUACAUGAACAUCUGUACAAAAUAUGACUUUCAUACUAUGUAAUGCUCUACAUAAUUAAAGUAAAACAUAUGUACAUAUGA